AUGCCGGUCCCUGUUCAAAACCUUCCUGAAUGGCCAUCGGAAGUCGAAGCGCAUCCUCUGCUCGUUAUCGACUAUCAACUACUGAAAGCAGGCGACAAAGACGAGAUCAAUAGAUUAUGGGAGGCCGGAACGACGUUGGGCUUCUGGUACUUGAAAAAUCACGGCGCCGAACAAGAUUUCGUCGCGAUGUGGGGUAUGGGGGAGGAAGUCUUUAAGCUCCCACUUGAGGAAAAGAUGAAGUACGAGCAGGGUGAUGAAGGACUUUCCUUUGGGUACAAAGCAGUGGGUCAUUACAUCGUGGACGCCGUAGGCAACCCAGAUCCCGUUGAGGGCGUCAACGUUGCCAAAGACGACGCACUAUCUUACCCCAAAGUCUCCCGAAGAGAGUAUCCAUCUGUCAUAAACGACCUCAUGGACCCCGUCAUCACGCCUUUCGUAGAGAAAUGUGUCGGUAUCAGCAAUACCUUGAUCGAAAUCUUCAACGACAAGCUUGGAUUACCAGAAGGUACUCUAGCCAAGUUCCAUAAGCGGGAGGAGUUCAGCUCCAGCGAGACGAGGACUAUCAAGGCCCCCGCGAACUUGACACCGGGUAAAUUGGCUAUCGGGGGUCAUACAGAUUUUGGGACUUUGACGCUUUUGGUGAAUAAUCUUGGAGGACUGCAAGUCCUUCCGCCUGGAACAACCGAGUGGCGGUAUGCAAGGCCGCUUCCAGGACAUAUGAUAUGCAACGUCGGUGAUGCUCUGACCAUGUUCAGCGGCGGGUUGCUCAAUUCAAAUAUCCAUCGUGUCGUACCUCCUCCAGGUUCACAAUCUAAACAUGAUCGGUGGUCACAAGUUUACUUCACCAGGCCUGCGAACGACACACCUCUCUCCCCGUUGCUCGAGAGCUCUAUCAUAUCUACAGCAUUUAAUAACCUUACUCCGGAGAGACAGCAGAGCCUCAGUCCAGGUGUUACUGCAUACGAAUGGUUUACUAGGCGGCAGAAGAAUUAUAGGACGAAGAAUCAUAAGGGAGCAGAGACAUGGGCUGCAAAUAGAGGAACAGAGCAUGGCCGUGCAUAA